CUUCCUCGUAGAAAACAAAGUGGAGACUUGUUCGACUACUGGAGAAGCCUCUCCUCCAACUCCCUCUUCGAUUUCCCAACACCUUAAACCCCACUGUUUCAUCCAAACUCACAAAUGGGUCGCAGCGUUAAACCCCGAUUAACAUUGACGGCGUUAUUGGUUCUGUGUUUGUCUGCAACGUUUUUCUGUUGCUGUCUCUGCGAAACCAAUCAGCCCCAGACGAAUAAGAAGUCGGCCCACUUGGACACCUAUGGUUCUUCUGCUGUUUUCCCUCUUCAGGGCAAUGUUUAUCCUCUUGGGUACUACUCUGUGUCCCUCAGCAUUGGCAACCCAGGCAAGCGUUUCGACCUUGAUAUUGAUACUGGUAGUGAUCUCACAUGGGUCCAAUGUGAUGCUCCCUGUACCGGCUGUACCAAGCCCCGCGAGCAUCUUUAUAAACCAAAAAACAACCUUGUUCAAUGUGAAGACCCUCUUUGUGCGGCAUUUCAUUCACCGGCAAGUUAUCCGUGCAACACUCCAAGUGACCAAUGUGACUAUGAAGUUGAAUAUGCUGAUCAAGGUUCAUCUCUGGGUGUGCUGGUCAAGGAUUACUUUCCCCUGAAAUUCACCAAUGGCUCUCAGCUUGGUCCUCGUUUGACAUUUGGGUGUGGAUAUGAUCAAAAACAUUCUGGUCUAAGUUUGCCUUCCACCACUGGAGUUCUUGGCCUUGGUACUGGCAAAGUGAGCAUUGUGUCACAAUUAAGUCGCCUGGGUUUGACUAAAAAUGUGGUUGGUCACUGUUUAAGUGGGCAAGGAGGAGGAUAUCUGUUCUUUGGGGAUGAUAUUGUCCCUUUUUCAGGAGUCAUGUGGACUCCAAGGUCAAGCAAUUUGUUGGAAAAUCACUACUCAUCUGGACCAGCAGAACUUGUCUUUGGUGGUAAGCCCACUGGUGUGAAGGGCCUCGACUUGGUUUUUGACAGUGGGAGCUCCUACACUUACUUCAAUUCCAAAGCUUACGGAGCAUUAGUUAAGCUGUUGAGAACUGAUUUGAAAGGUAGGCCUCUGAAGGAUGCAACUGAAGACACAUCCCUGCCAAUUUGCUGGAAAGGCAGCAAACCUUUCAAAUCUGUCCGUGACGCACAAAGUUAUUUCAAACCCUUCUCACUGAGCUUUACUAAUGUCAAGAAUGUUCAGCUGCAAAUAUCACCCGAAGCUUAUCUCAUAGUUUCAAAACAUGGCAAUGUGUGCUUGGGGAUAUUGAACGGCUCUGAAGUUGGACUGGGAAGCAUGAACAUUAUAGGAGAUAUUACUUUGUUAGAUAAAAUUGUGAUAUAUGACAAUGAGAACCGGCGAAUUGGAUGGGGUCCGGCAAAUUGCAAUAGGCUUCCCAAGUCCUGAUCCUUACUCUUACAAAUUUAUUUUUUUGCCAUAAUCUCUGGUGAGGGUUUCUCAUCAAGAAACUCUCUUUUUUCCAGUGUAGUUCGUGAAUAUUGUGAAGGUGUUUCCCAGCUCUAUGUAGCCAAUUUGGGUAUCUUGGAGGAGCGUUGUCCUGCUUUUGCUUCUGAUGACUAGUGAUGCCAUGUACAAAGAAGUCUCCGUUCCAAAUAGUAUAUGCAGAAAUCUAUUGGAUUUAUAUGUAGCAGAUACUGGUUACAACUUUUUGGUGUUAAAGAAGCUUUGUCUAUUUUAAGCAGAAGCACCACUCAUCCGUGGUAUGUUGCCUGUAAUAGAAGUUACAGGCUGGGAAAUGCAAGUGGGUAUAUAUCCCAAUAGAUGAAUGCAUGUAUUAACAUAUAGUAUAUAAUAUUCUUCAGUAACCAUUUAACUUUUAA